CAGCCGGGCUGCGCGCAGUGUGCGGCUUGCUUCACACUUCGAAAGCCAGGGGUGCACCUAGCUCUACACUGCAUUUCCUCGUUUUAUCUUUAUUUUUACUUCCCUUCUGCCCGUUGUUGUGGGCGAGAGACUCCUUCCUCUUUUGCUGGAGUCCCAAGGAACUAGUAUUCUCACCAGCUAUGGCUGAGGAGUCUCCCCUGGACCUAGCAGCGCAAGCUGCUCCCAUCUCUUCAGCCCAGGCACAGUCCACCCUGCCACCGUCCUCUAUUGUGGACUACCAGACAGGACUCGUGGAUGGCAGUAUGCUGAAUGGGCCGGGUCUUACUGACCAGACUAAUCCGAGCGGGCUGUCUGGUGGCGUGUUGCCAGCUUCUCAGGACCCAAACAUGAUGAGUUACUACUACAACAGCAACAACAGCAGCAUGCCCUAUUCCCUGGAUUCCUGGUCGUCUGGCAAUACACAGGUGCCAUCGUUGGAUCAUACUUUUCUGCAGAACCCAGCGGCUCUAACCAGCUUGACCGGGGAUCAGCAACAGUACAUGACCAAUGACCCUGUGAUGAACAUGUCCUCGUAUAGCCAUAUCCCCUCCUAUUACAUCCCUCCGGCUGGUGAAACAUCGGCCACGCCGAAUUACGCCUGGCAGGAUCAAGCCAUACCGCCUUUGUAUAACCCUACAGACGUAUCGUCCUACACACAAGCACCGUUUGCUAGCGGUCUCGAUGGGCAAGCGACGGGCACGGAGGGCCUUCCACCUGUGGACGUCGCUGGCACUAUGCCGCUGACAACGCCGUUCAUGGGCCAGGGCUUCUCGUCAACGGCUGGUGUUGACGGCAUGAGUGAUUUGGAACACACGUUUGCAAGCCUGGGCGCCGGUGCGCUCGGAACACAGCCCUCAGGCCUUCCCGUAACAGACGCCUCAUCAAGCGCUGGGACAAUACCUGGUAUGGUCAAUAUGCAUUCUGUGAUGGCAGCUGGAGUGGCGGAGCCAAGUCUUCAGCAUUCCGCACAAGCCCCGUCAUCGUCCACUGUCCUAUCAUCGGUUGCGACGACAAUGAGCACGGUCAGCCCAUCCUCAGCUCCCUCCGCGUCUGCUGGCUCUUCUCCGCGUGCUCCUGCAACUGCAUCGAGAGCGGCACAGUCCACAAAGCCACCACCGGCAUCAAGCUCUGGACCUGCGAAGCCUAUGUCGUGGGCGUCCGUAGCGAGUGCUGCUCCCAAGCGCCAAUCACCUACUCCCACCCACGCAGCACAUCACGCACCGCCACCAUCCUCGUCUUCAAUGCACCAGCGCCAGCAAGGGCCGCCGCAACAGCAACAUCAUCACAUGGCCCAUGCGUCUUCAGGACCUGGAGGUUCACAGCGCAGUGCUCCACCGUCAGGUAACCACUUUGGCGGCCCGUCCGCUGCCUGGCCGCGGCCCACAAACAACCCAUCAUCACCAAGCGCCCCUGCAGCGGGUAGUUCUGCUGCUGCCUCGGGAAACCCAGCGAAUCGUGCACCACGUCAUCGUGGUAAGCCAAGCGCCGACACAGUAGGACUUGACAGCAUUGACCUUGUCGAGAGCGGCAAGGAGGGCUUGGAAAAGCUGCGGGCAGCUCACGAGUACAAUCCCAAAGAUCCGAGCGUCGUCAAGCUGUCGAAUGCUCGCUUUUUCGUGAUCAAGUCUUACAGUGAGGACGAUAUCCACCGCUCCAUCAAAUACUCCGUUUGGACGUCGACGGAACAUGGAAACAAGCGGCUAGACACAGCGUACAGGGAGCAGAAGGGCAAGCCGGUCUAUCUCUUCUUCUCCGUCAAUGGCUCCGGCCACUUCUGUGGAUGUGCGCGCAUGUGCUCUGAAGUGGAUUACACCGCUGUAACAGGAAUUUGGUCGCAGGACAAAUGGAAGGGCAAGUUUGAAGUGCAGUGGAUUUACGUUAAGGACGUCCCCAAUGGUCAGCUAAGGCACAUUCGCCUGGAGAACAAUGAAAAUAAGCCGGUGACGAAUUCCCGAGAUACACAAGAGAUCCCUCCUGACAAGGCUCGCCAGGUGAUGAAGAUCGUCCAUUCCUACCGGCACGCCACUUCGAUAUUUGAUGACUUUGGCCACUAUGAAAAGCGCCAGGAGGAGGGUAAUAAGCAGGCAGCUUCCCGGGGCACUUCUGGACCACGGAAAGGUGCCGGCCACUAGCCCUGCCACGGCGCAUUGCUGCACUACCUAAUUCUGGAAUGCAUUCGUUGAUGCAACCGCAGCGGCAGUAGCAACAGCAGAAUCUGGCGGUGGCAAUCCACUGCUAGUAGUGAUGGCAAUACUGUCUUGCUGUGUUGGUGCCUGCUUGCCGCGUUGGAGCUACCCUCGCCCGGUUCAGCUGCGGGCGUCGAUGGGCUAGACCUGGCCCUCUAUGUUGGGUCUAGAAAUAUUGAUGUAUGUGUUGCCGCCGUAGCCACUAACACCACUGGGCGUGUUUUCCCAGGCGCGUAGCCACAUCUCAUAUCACCGUUUGACCGACGAUGUUGCCGGGUGCUAUGUUCCUAGUUGCCGCCAUUGCACUCUUUCCGUCAGAUGAACCGGGUGUAAGGUUCAGCAACAGUGACGGCAAAGCAGCAACUGCAGCGAGCCAUUGACAAGUGCCGUAGCGGCCUAAGUAGCCUGACCGUGUGUGUGUUUUGUGUGUUUGUCUGUCUGGUACUGGGUUGUGUGUACAAUGUUCUGAUGUACUGCCUGGCAGCAGUGCGGUAAGUGGUCCAAGCAACCCCAGCCUGUGUCCGAUCUGCAAGACUUCUGACACAAUCAUUCGCAUCAGUCUCGUUUGGACCAAGCAUAUUCACGUGCACUGGAGAGCUGAUGACUUGUUUUAAGUAUAUUUUUUGAACUGGCUUCCGAACCUUUGCCCGCUUGCUAUUCUAGAAUGGCAAAGGCUGGAACAUUCUCCUAAAUCGUGGGGUACUCCAAGACAUGUGUACAAGUUUGGGAGCCGCUCACUGAGCGAGCUUCUCACGUGCACCUACAAAAUUUUCAGCAUGAUAGUCAGUUUGUUUUCAUUCCUCAAUUUUUCCCGAAAACGCCUUCCUCCCGGUGCUUCAACAUUUCGUAGCUGUUCCUAUUAAGUUUUACUAUUCUCAACUACUUGUUCGUUGUGUGUUGUCCUCUUUUGUUUUACGACCGAUUGCAUCACUGGUCCGUAUCUUCACUUGGUCAUUUCCCCCGAAACUUUGAUUCAAGUUUGUCUCCUUUAGCGUUGGGCUACUGCUGCCCAAUGUUGUUCCACAUCAAUGUAUACCGCCUCCUUCGCUGCUCAUCUUUGCUUCUCUCUUUCUCUCUCCCUCUCUCCUCCUCUCUCUCUCUCUCUCUCUCUCUCUCUCCAUCUCUCUCUCUCUCUCUCUCUCUCUCUCUCUCUCUCUCUCUCUCCCCCUCUCUCUCUCUCUCUCUCUCUCUCUCUCCAUCUCUCUCUCUCUCUCCAUCUCUCUCUCUCUCUCCAUCUCUCUCUCUCUCUCCAUCUCUCUCUCUCCAUCUCUCUCUCUCUCUUUCUCCCCCUCUCUCCAUUCAAACUGCUGCAGUGUCUUGUCCUUCCCGUUUUUGUAAGGUGUUUUAUCCACUCCUUGUUUCCUUGGUUCGUGGCAACAAUUAUAUCUUUUCUGGAAGGAAGCCUUGGGCAAUCAAAUCCGUUUCUGUUCUAGACCUGCAUUUCCAAGUACAUGUAGAAGUAGGAAUCCAGUGACAAACUGACAUUAUCCUGCUUGGGAGUGCUGGGCUUCAGUCUCAUGCCAAUUACCUGUGCCUCUUGGGGUGCAGUGCCACUCCAGGUGAUUUGGACAAGCAUUUAAUACAGUCAUGUAACAUAGUGACAGUCGUACAAUGUAUCUAAAGCAUGCACAUUCGCUCAUUAUUUUGUGGUAUUUUUGGCGGUCAGCUCCUCGAAAUAAUCCAUGUUGAGAAUAA